CUGCAUCUCUUGCCCUUCCCUUCCAUCUCAUAGACAAACCAUCUACACCUGUACUAUAGAGGCGACAGACGCACAGAUAAUUCUAAUCAAUGGCACCAGUCGAGACAGAGUACUAUGACUUGCUGGAUGUCCCUGUGGAUGUCAGCGAUACAGACCUCAAGAAGGCAUACAGGAAGCAAGCAAUGAAAUAUCACCCAGACAAAAACCCAUCUCUGGAUGCAGAAGAGAAAUUCAAGGAUAUAAGUAAAGCGUAUCAGGUGCUAUCGGAUGCUAAUUUGAGAGCAGUCUAUGACAAGAAUGGGAAGACCAUGGUGGACAAGGAGAGUACAGAGCUAGACGAUGCAGCGGGUUUCUUCGCAAACGUGUUUGGUGGAGAGCGAUUCAGAGAUUAUAUCGGGGAGAUAUCUUUAAUGAAGGAGAUGACGUCCGUGGCACAGACAGUAAUGACCGAUGAGGAACGUGCCGAGCUCGAGAAAGAGGGUAUCGUUCCGCCACAAGGAGCAGUCUCGCACGAACCGCACGUUUCCGCUCCUAGUCCCACUGAUAUGGCUUCGAAGCGCCAAUCUGUUUUAGGAUCCCCAACCCCUUCCACUGGCGGCAAAGAAGGCAAAGAGAAGGAUAAGAAGCGCAACAGACUCACGCCAGAGCAGAAAAAGAAGCUUCAGGAGCUUGAAGAUGAACGCAAACGUUCGAUGGAUGAACGAGUAAAGACGCUCACUGCGAAGCUAAUCGAGCGAUUACGACCCUUCGUGGAUGCAAAAGCACCUGGCGACAAGGAAGACCCUGAGACAAAGGCGUUCGAAUCACGGAUCAAGCUUGAAGCAGACGAUUUAAAGCUGGAGAGCUUUGGGGUUGAGGUAUGGGUAGCUGUAUACAUGAUGAAGGCUACUUCGUUUAUGAAGUCGAAGAAAUUCCUAGGGAUUGCGGGUUUCUGGUCGCGAAUGAAGGAGAAGGGUUCAGUGGCAAAAGACGCAUGGGGUGUCAUUGGCAGCGCAUUUAGCGUGCAGUCUCUCAUGUCUGAGAUGGACCGCUUGCAGAAGAAGGGGGAGCUCGAUGAGGACGUGCUGCGUGCGCUAGAAGAGGAUGUUACGGGCAAGAUCAUGCUAGCGUCUUGGCGAGGUACACGUUUCGAAGUUGUUCAGGUUCUUCGGGAGGUUGUGGAUAACGUGCUGAAAGAUAAGGAGGCAUCUGAUCAGGUUCUGUUCCACCGCGCGAAGGGAUUGAUGAUUAUGGGUCAUAUAUUCAAAAGCACGGUUCCCGAUGAGAGUGACGAGGUCCGACGCGAACUUGAGCGAAUGGUCGCAGAAGCAGCAGAGGGCAAAUCAAAGCAUUACCACUUACGUGGAAAAGCCCGAAGAGAAGGUAACAUAACGCCUGAGAUGUCGUCGAACGGAGGCGAGCAUCCAAUGAAAGAACAUGUUGAAGAAGACUCAAGGACACGUACAUCUAACUAG